AUGUUUGCCAGGCAACGCUCUACGCCAUACCAGAAACAGAAGAGUGCCUUAGAGGUUGAGUUUAUGGAUUUCCUCGGAUUUACUUCACAACGGGACAUGUGCACGGCCAUUCCUGAUGAUGUUGUCGAUUUCUUGAUGUGGAAGGACAGUUUUGGUAAAACGGUGGUACAUUGUGAUACGUGUCCUUUCUUUGGAGAGAGAAGUAAUUCGUCCUGUUCGUGCCCUAUACGCUUGGCGUAUGGUUCGGUUGACUCUACCAUUGGGAAACUGAGAGCCAUUUUCAACAAAUAUGGUAGAACUGCCAUUGAUGGCCCUUUUCUCGGGCUCGCUAAUCCCGCGGCUUCCCCUGAGGUCAAGUCCUAUUUAUCCGCCAUUAGAGAGCAGCAGUUGGUUGCACGGGUCGUCCCCAAGCAAGCUGAGCCAUUCUUUUUCAGGGAUUUGGUGCUCUUGUUGUCUGAGAUACUUAGGCGCAUGAACACCCACCUUCGUUCUCCAUCACAGUUGUAUAUUUUAGCACGGGAUAAAGUGUUUUUUAAAACACAGUUCUUUGGCGGUGACAGGGCAGGGGACUUGGGUCGGGUGCGAACGCAGGAGAUGCUGUACUUCCCCAACAAUCAGGGCUUGUUGUUCAACCACACCUUGACGAAGUCCCUGAGGGAUGGUGCUUCGAAUCUUUUUGGCCUCAAGCGUCAUGUGGAUCCGACCGUGUGCCCGGUUACCGCCGUGGAGGUUUACGUUAAUCUUUGCGACUUAUUAAAGGUUCCUGUUCGCCGUGGAUUUUUGUUUCGACCUUUGAACCCAUUGGGGGAGGUUCUGCCUGGCCCUUUCGGGUCUGCUGCAGCCCAGUCACGAUUAUCCCUGUAUGCUAGCCAGCUCCCGGACUUGGCUAAUCGCAACAUCACUCUGCACAGUUAA